AGAUGGAGAAAUUGGAUUAUACGUGGUAUAUUUACAUGGGUUAUGAUAUUUUCAUUCAGUUUUAUCAUUUAUAUGGGACCAUUAGCCCUUAUCCUCUUGGUAAUGGCCAUUCAGAUUAAGUGUUUCCAUGAAAUUAUUACGAUUGGAUACAUUGUGUAUAGAUCUUAUGAUUUACCCUGGUUCAGAACACUAAGCUGGUAUUUCCUGUUUGCCUCUAACUAUUUCUUCUAUGGUGAAAGUUUGGCCGCCUAUUUUGGUGUUUUGUUAUCUAAGGAUGAGUUUUUGAUGCCGUUUAUGAGAUAUCAUCGUUUUAUUUCAUUUUCUAUGUAUGUAGCUGGUCUAGUUGCAUUUGUUUUUAGUUUAGUAAAGAAGCAUUACCUAAAACAGUUCACAUUGUUUGGCUGGACCCAUGUGACACUGUUAAUUGUUGUAACUCAGUCUCAUCUUAUUAUACAGAAUAUAUUUGAAGGUCUCAUUUGGUUAUUAGUUCCAGUGUCUAUGAUUAUUUGUAAUGAUAUUAUGGCAUAUAUGUUUGGCUUCUUCUUUGGAAAGACACCUCUUAUAAAGCUAUCACCAAAAAAGACUUGGGAGGGAUUUAUUGGUGGAGCCCUUUCAACUAUUGUAUUUGGUAUUGUUCUUUCUUAUGUUUUGGUGCAAUUUGAUUUCUUUGUUUGUCCAUUACGCUAUGAUGAUAUAAAAGAAAGAUUAUCUAUGGAUUGUGAAAGACAUCCAGUAUUUAAAGUGGUAGAAUAUAACUUACCUGAAACUCUUCAAGGUUUAUUUAGAUUGGUAAGUAAAAUACCAUGGAGAACAUUUAAGGUAUAUCCUUUCAUACUGCACUCUAUCUCUAUGGCAAUAUUCGCCUCUGUUAUUGGACCUUUUGGAGGUUUUUUUGCCAGCGGAUUCAAAAGAGCAUUUAAAAUCAAAGAUUUUGGUGAUACCAUACCUGGACAUGGAGGUAUAAUGGAUAGAUUUGACUGUCAAUUUCUUAUGGCUACAUUUAUUCAUGUUUAUUACUCCAGUUUUAUCAGAGUCCCGAAUCCGGCAAAAUUAGUACAGCAUGUUUUUACUUUAAAACCAGAAGAACAACUUCAAGUAUUUUAUUUAUUACGUGACAGAUUACUAGCCAAAGGACUUCUUAACGACACAGCAACUGAAAUGAUCACAUGA